AUGACAGAUGCUCUUUCGACCCCUCCGGAGGGUCUCAUCGGAGGCUACCAAGGCGGUAGCUCCGUUGUCAAGAUUUUGAUCGUUGUCUUCAGCUCCAUCGCCUUGUACAAUGCCAUCGAGCUGGUGAUUCUUAUUUUUCUCACUUUUAACCGCUAUAGUGGUCUCUAUUUUUGGACCAUGCUCAUCUCUGAUGUACUUGGAGUUAUCCCGCACGCUAUUGGCUAUCUGCUCGAAUUUUUCGCCAUAGGGCCAAUAUGGUUAGCAGUCACCCUUUCCACAAUUGGUUUCUACGCAAUGGUUCCUGGUCAGUCGGUCGUUCUCUACUCGCGACUUCAUCUGGUAGUCCAAAACCAAAAGCUCUUACGCCGCAUCCUGUACCUCAUCAUCGUCGACGCCGUCAUUUUGCUUAUUCCCACCACUGUCCUCACAUACUCUACCGUCUAUGUGGGCACAGACCCAAUUAUCCGAGGAUACAAUGUCAUGGAGCGCAUGCAGCUGGCCUGGUUUUGUGCGCAGGAGAUUUUGAUAUCCGGAAUCUAUAUUUGUGAGACCGUGAAACUCCUACGUCUCAGACCAGAAAAAGACCCCCAACGCCACAAAACCAUGUACGAGUUGAUUACCAUCAAUAUAAUCAUCAUACUCUUGGAUGUGGCUCUCUUGUCUCUAGAAUAUAGUGGCUUCUACACUCUGCAGACGACGCUUAAGGCUGCGGUUUACAGCAUCAAGUUGAAGCUGGAAUUCGGUGUCCUUAGGAAGCUUGUUUCACUUGUUCACACCCACCCCACAGAAUCCAGCUCUACAGAGCAUGAGGAAUUUCCUAAUUUCGUGGAUCCGGAGCAAAUUACAGGGGACAUCACCCAUGCCACUCCGGUUACCGAAAGAAAUCGCCCUGUCUACCCAUGGGCUGCGAUUUCGAUGGACAGCCUUGCUUCAUCCGACCGAAGGUUGCGCCAGUCUCAGGAAACUCGACCCCCCUAA